GGACGUGUACAAUACACCAUCGUGUCCGGUUCUCUUAAACAGCCCUUAAAUGAUGCAGGUGUGGAAAUGCAGGGAGCCAUCUGUUCCUACAUCAGCGAAACUGUAACAAGACGAAGUGAGUGGGAAAGACAGACAAAGGCAGUGAGAGCUAUGCUUCAUAAUGGAGCUGGAACAAGUGGAGGACAAGAGUGUGGCAGUAAUUCGAAGAACCAGAAGAAACUCCAUCAGCUGGUAAAAGAGCCUCCUGAGUUAUCCAGAGCUCAGAUAAAGUCCACAGCUGGUGACAUAUCUUCAAGAGCCAAUCAGUGCAUCAUCACAAAGGACACCAAUGACAAAAACAACAAGCAACAUCAGCAGUCCAUCCUGCAGAGACCAUCAGUUCUCCGCAAAGGCAACCAGACUCUGCCACAUGUCUCAUCCAGCCAGACUAGUAUGGGUGACUGUUCCAAUGAACUCAUGUUUAAGGAAGAAAUGGACAAUAGACUGCCAGUCAACUUGACAUCUUAUGACACAGGCUAUCCCAGCAGAGUCAAUGCUUCUGGACCGGGUCCUGCUCAGAGCACUACAGAGCACCAUACAGAUCUUCCGACAGGCUCUGAAAACUUUUUAUUUAACAAAGGUGUGUGCACCUGGCCAGGCUGCAAGGAAGCAUUUAAGGAAUAUAAUAACUUCCUGAAACAUCUCUAUUCGGAGCAUGGUCCUGGAGACAAAACCUUUGAACAAUGGAGAAUGCAGAAAAAUAUGGUUGAACACAUGGAAAGACAGUUGGUUCUGGAAAAGCAGAGGCUACACUCUAUGUACCUGCAUCUUUUUGAUGCUAGCCCAAGAUUGAAGCAGUCCAGUACUCCUUCAGGAAGCCUGCAGUCCUGUCAGAGUUUGAGCAUUCUACAUGCACAAAACACAGCCUCAUCUGACAUGCUACCUCCAGGAUACUGGCAAAUCCCUGCAACACCAUUCAUACCAGGAAUUGUCCCCAGUAUUGAGUGCUACAAAUACACAAACAUGAGGCCACCAUUUACUUAUGCCUCCAUGAUAAGAUGGGCAAUUCUUGAAUCUACUGAGAAACAGCUUACGCUGAAUGAAAUCUAUCACUGGUUUACACGCAAGUUCUUCUACUUCCGUCAUAACACAGCCACAUGGAAGAAUGCAGUCCGGCACAACCUAAGCCUCCAUAAGUGCUUUGUACGUGUUGAUGGAGGGAAAGGCUCUGUUUGGACAGUGGAUGAAGCAGAAUUUCUGAGGAGGAGAGGGCAAAAAUUACAAAGGGACCAAGACAUGAACUGGGUGGCACACUAUUCCAUGUUUUAUUCUUGAAAUUACAUUCUUUAUUUUUAAGUCACAUCUUGAGACAUUCUGUGCAAUGCCACCAAUACCUCAAAGUGUCUCUUUCAGUGGAUCUAUACGUAAUUACUGAUUUUGAUUGGACUUGUUUCUCUUUGACUUGCCAGUAUGACUAAAUCAUCUGUUAGCUUCUAUGGAGUUUUUAUAGUAGAUUUAUGAUAUUUGAAUUUUUAAUUUAAAUGCAAAAAAAAUCUGAAUUUCUGGGUUCUGUAUUCACCUGCCUUUACCUGCAAAUUAUUCUGAAUGUGAGUCUAAAAAUGUGAAUAAUUCCUAUUAAAUUUUUAAAAGUUCAGUUGCAAAUUCUCUUUAGAAUAAAAUUCAGUUUCAUGUUCAUGUUAUUACUGGCUUUCCGGUAGUAUAAUACAAAUUAAAAUAACUAAUUAUUUCAAAUUAAUUGAAACAAAAAAAAAACCGUACAUUUCAGAUUUGCAUUGUGUGCCAUUUCUAGUGAGAUGACUUUAACUCAAUAGCUUUUUUAGCUGCAGAAAGACAGAUGCUCUACAUAGGCAGAUGCCUAAAAUACUAAAGUACACAAAUUCUUGUGCUAUUUCGUUGUAUUUAAAUGGUCUUGACUGUCCUUUGUUACAAAAUAAAACAUAUUACCUUGACAGUAA